AUGGCGGUCUCCUCGUUUCUCGCGUUCCUCGCUGGCUUGGCGCUUGCCAAUGGUGCAGAGCCAGCCGGAAUCACCAGCUGCACUUCGGGCGCUGAGGAUAUUUUGGGCAGCAGCAAGGCCUUUGCGGUGCAGAUUUGCAAUCUCUUCGGUGCCACCUGCUUCGUGAACCAUCCAGCCAUCUCCGACUGCGCCACUGAGGCGCUCUCCAUUGCAGACCAGGAGUGCAAGUUGUAUCCGAUCUUUGAGUAUUCGGACAACGCGGUGCGCAGUGGCAGCAGCGCAGUGGAAGAGCUGUCCACCAUCGAUGACUUGGACUGCACGGUGAGUGGUUUGACCUCCAGCGGUGCCACAUACUCAGGCGCUUGUGUGGCCGUACGUUGCGAGGUUGGCUCCAGUCAUGUGGGGCUCGGCAUUCAUCUCACGAGCACGCUCACUGGCACCCACACUCGCGAUUCGGCUACUUCGGACACAUCGGCCAACAUGCAUGCUGUGACCAUCGGAUCCCUUGCGUCCUCAGCAGCUGGGCUGAAGACGGCGUUCUUGUAUCGCACUGGGUCGUACGCGGGCGUAUACAAAGUGCAGACGGUUGCAAGUGGCGAUACGUCCCUCACGAUCGGCGAUUUGCCAAGCUCGAUGGGCAGCUCACUUGGCCCAGUUGCUUGUCCAAGCCCUAACCAGCUCAUGACUUCUGGCACGGCCACUGCCAUCACCGCUGAAAACUUGCGCAUGUGUGGAGCCACGGAUGCAGCUAUCCAAUACCACGCGGUCAACCUGAUUACAGAUUACAACUCCCACUCUGCAUCUGCUACUGGGAGGGGCACCUUGGGGGCUACUCCUUACCUUUCCGGUUCCAGCAUCCAGUAUACGCCAACUAGCACUUCCUAUCAUGCUAUCGAUCUCACUGUGAUGGGAGCUAGCGCGUUUGGAAUGAAUAGUCAGACAAUUGUGCCCGGAUAUGAUGGGGCGUCUGCUGGACAGAGCUAUGCUGGAACCUACCGGGCGUUCGGUGUCGUCUUCUACUGCGCAGAUCGGGCGAGAACGGACCUCACAUCAUGUCCCGUGGCAGACCGGAAGAUGUUCUACGUGGCAGACCCCAACCCGAAUGCAGAGCUCCGCAAGAAGGAGGAGGCCUUAGACUCAUUGGAGGAGGAGGCGGCUCAUCUGGUCGAGAGGCGCAGAAGCUUCGAGGAGCCGGAGGAGUUCUCAAUGCAGGAGCCAUCCCACUCGGUCGCGCAGACCUUGGUGACGCACAUCGCCGCCGACGAAACCUCGGUGAUGCAACUGCCUCACGACCACCAAGAGGACGAGGAGGCAGAGGCCGAUGAGAUGUGGGACAUGGAUUGGACGGCCGUCACCAAAGGUGUAGCUAGCAAGCCGUUUUCUCCGCCCGAGAGACAAGCAGACGUGGAUAGAGCACUGCAGCAGAAGAUGGAGGAGAAGCGACGCCUCGCGGACCUUCACAGCGGCGAGGACCACAUGACUUUGGAGCGCCCAGAAUUCGACAAGGGGUCGAUGCCGGGGGUGCAUCCGGACAUUGCGGCCAAGCUUGAGGAGCGUCGGCGGGCAUUGGAGGAAAGCAGCGCUUCGCCUCA